UCUUUGGAUUCGCACCAUGAAUGAGUUCGUGGAAUAUGCUUCUCCAUCUAAAUUGAGAAAAGCGUUUUCUUUUAUAUUGAUUCACGGUGAACCGAAUAACCCACAUGAAUUGUGGGAAUCCUUUCGUGCUGCAAUGAUGGAGGAUUACUUACGUCACCACCCUGAAGUACAGGCAGAACAAAUGGUGCUAGGUAAAAUUAAAGCGGUUAUUCAGCAAUUUGGUAAGCGUCUUACUGAUUUUGGUCUUCCUGCUUUACAGGAAGCUUUGCUUGAUGAUUUGCCAAAUGCUGAAGAAAUGAGGCAGGAGGCUCUAAAUAUCAGGCCUUUGUUAAAUGCCGAGCAACUUCAUGUAGCUGAUUCUGUUAUAAAUGUCUUCACCAAUAAUAACAUUAAUGUUGCCAAUAUUUUCUUCCUAGAUGGGCCAGGUGGCACAGGUAAAACUUUUACAUACAAUUACAUUAUUAAGGAAGUUAUUGCGAGAAAUCUGUGUGUUGCUACUUGUGCCUGGACAGGUAUUGCUGCUACAUUAUUGCCGAAUGGUAAGACUGUCCACUCUCUAUUCAAGUUACCAGUCCCUGUUUUAGACGGCUGUACAUGUAAUAUCAAACCCAAUAGUGACCAUGCAGCAUUUUUAAGAAGACAGGACAUCAUUAUAUUUGAUGAAGCCAGCAUGAUACCUAAAUAUGCUUUGGAAGCUAUUGACAGAAUGUUUAGGGAUAUAUGUAAUAGUGAAAUUCCAUUUGCAGGUAAAGUUAUUCUUUUGGGAGGAGAUUUCCGUCAAGUACUCCCUGUCAUCAGAAGAGCCGGACCUGCGCAAAUUGUAGAAGUUUGUUUAAAAAGCUCACAACUCUGGCCCUUGACUCGAAUUUUCCACCUCCACACAAACAUGAGAGCUGGGGAAGGGGAGCAAGUCUUUGCUGAAUUUCUUUUAAACCUUGGUGGUGGUCAUUUGCCACAAAAACCAGAUGAUCCAAAUCAAGGUUGUAUUGAAAUUCCCCAUGAAUGUGUUCUGCAACCUAAUGAAAAUAUUGUUACUUCUAUCUUUAGUGAAUUAGAUGAUGUGGAAUUUUCACGUUGUGUCAUCUUAACUCCAACAAAUGAAGAAGCGUUGGAAAUAAAUGAACAAAUUUUGAAUCAAAUUCCUGGUGAUACCCAUACAUACUACAGUAUCGACUCUGUUGUUUCGGAUGAUCAAGAAGAAAUUGAUUUAUAUCCCAUGGAGUUUAUUAAUUCCUUAACUCCAAGUGGUAUGCCACCACACCAAUUAAAUGUCAAAGUUGGAUGUGUUGUAAUGUUGUUAAGAAAUCUGUCCCUUAAAGACGGUCUUUGUAAUGGUACAAGGUUAAUGGUUCGGAAUCUGCGUGCAAAUGUUAUCGAUUGUGAAAUUCUUACCGGUAUCCGUAGAGGUGAUCGUGUGUUAAUUCCGAGAGUGUCCCUCUGUCUAAAUGAUACAAAUCUACCCUUUCAAAUUAAACGCACCCAGUUUCCUUUAAGAUUGUCUUACGCAUUGACAAUAAAAAAUAGGAGUCAAAGCCAAACUUUUGAGAAAGUUGGUAUAUACUUGCGUAGACCUUGCUUUAGCCAUGGACAAUUGUAUGUUGCUUUUUCACGAGCACGGUCAUUUGCUGCAGUAAAGGUAAAGGUUGUCAGUACUUAUCAACAAGGUUAUGUAGGGAAUAGAUGUUUCACAAAGAAUGUUGUUUUUCCACAAGUGUUGUAAAUAUUUUAAUUUUCUAUUACUGAUACAAUGAUUGACAGCAAGUUACUGUUUACCUCUUGAAAGGUAUGUGGGCUGUACUGCAACAAGUUAUUGUGUACCUCUUGAAAGGUAUGUGUGUUGCGUUUCAGGCAAAUUACUGAGUACCUCUUUGAAGGUAUGUUUGCCAUGUUCAGUAAUCUGUUCAAAUUAAUUGUCCUGUUCAAAUUAAUUGUCACUUAAAAAAACAGUUCUACUCCCUACUUCACCAUGUUGUUAUUUGUCAUUACUGUGUUUCCAUUUUUUUGAAUGUGUUUAAUUAGCUGAGUGUUUUAUAGGGUGGGGUGCAUAAUUUCGUGGCUUACCUUCUCGUGGUGCACCCUGUACGUAUUUUCAAUUUUACUUUAUUAGUACAGUAAAAUUAAUGUUCCUACCUUUUUCAAAACUAAGACAAUAGAUGUUUCAAGGUAAUUUCCUACAGCUGUGUAGCAUAUCUCAUUUUAUGUUUAGUUAUAAUUGUAUUUUUUAUUUACAAGUUUUUUGUUUAUAUUUUUAGCAAGCCUUAUGUUCUUAUGUACUUUGUUUUUAAUUAAAAAAAACUUAAGAAUUACACACAGUCCUAACAAUUUAUUUUCUUUUUUUCUGAAAUUUACUUUUUAAACACCAGCCUUUUUGUGAAUCUUUCUUAAAAGAUAACCACAAAAAUUAGUUAUUACCUCAAGUUUCAUAGAUUACUGAAAUUUAUAUAUAGACAUAAUUACCAAUAAAUUUUUUGUACUAAGGUGAUCCUGUCUGUUGUGUGCGAAUAAAGUAAUGUUGAAAAUGCAAACUAAAAGCCACGGUUAAAACAUGUUUUCUACUUUUUUAUUUCACUUAAAAAUACAACAAUUUUGUGUACUUGCAAAAAAUGAAGACAAAAACGGGGGUAUAAAACCAUGUCUUUCCUGUACUACUGCUGUAUUGAAAAACAUGAUCACUACUCACCCUCUAUUUUUUUCCUUUUAGUCAAACAAUACAAAAUUAUAAUGGCGGAACACAUAAAAGAGGGUAUUGUGGUGGACAAAAGUGUCAAAGAAGCCGUGGUCCAGGAGGGACGUGUAAAUGAAGAGGAACAUGUUGUAGAGAAGGUGGUUGAAGGUGGUUGUACAGAUAAAGCUUAAAAACUGAGUUAAUAAAUGAAAUUUUAUCUUGGAAACUUUAUUCCUGAUUUAGUUCAAGGUAAUGUUUUAUUUAUUUCGUAUAUUUUUUUAUCUUUGUGUCUCUCAGGCAUUAUCAUUAUAUUUACUAAAAGCUGCAUGUCUACCUCCACCUAAGCCACCAAUAAUCAAUACUUGAUUACUGGUGGCUUACCCCGGCGUUUCGACGCCUGGUUUCCCGGCUAGUCUUUUAUAUUUUAUUAUCUCUUACGAUACGGGGACAUUGAAAAAUCACGCGCAACGAAUAAUGGAGAAUUAAUUAUCUCAAUAAUAAUUUCCCGUAAUUUUCCGUAUUUUGUGAUGACUAUUUGAUUACCUCCAUAAUUGUAUGCACGUAUUUUAUGAUAAACAUUGCUAAUUACCAUUUUACGAAUUUUUUUCAAGAGAGAAGACGUACUAUCAAACUUUAUUACUUUUAAAACUUAAAACUUCAAUAAAACUGCUAUUUUAAUAGCAACAACUCUCUACACAGACUCAGUAGUUUGUGUAAAAACUCAAGAACAGUUUAUUAUAAUGGAAAACAAUGACGGAGACCAUGAAAUGAUAGUAGAAGACUUCAACGAACUAUUUGAAGAAAAGUCAGUAGCUCAUGAAAGUAUCAUAUUAACAGAAGAUGACAUUAGUGACCCACAUAUUCAUAUAGAUUUUGAAAAACUUUCAAAUUACAAAGUCGAACAUUUAAAAAGAUGGCUGGUAUUCUGAGGAGACACACUUCAAGGUAUUA